ACAUGAACACACCCGAAACCCUCUGUAGCCGACCAAUCAGACGCAGCGCAUCGGUCCACGUCCAGAAGCCGCAUAAUAUCCUACUAAAUAGUGUGACAAUAUUUGUACACUACCGAAAGACUGCGUUCUGUUAAAUCCUGCUAUGUGAUCAAAUAGUAUCGAGUUGUUCCCGUGCACAAAGAGUCUUAGCCCUUGUGUGUUGACAUACACGUGAUUUACACUGCAAACUUUUUCAGCACUUCUGGAUUUGUUUAUAACAGAGAACUGAUUUAACAACCAUCAGAUCAUCCCCUGAACUGAAGCCCAGUAAAUCAGACAAUGCUGUUGAGACGAUUAUCAGGGUUUUUGCUCUAUUGCAUGCUGUUUUGUCUGAUUACAUGGACACUGAGCACUAGUGCACAACCCAGUGCCACGAAAAGUCUGGUCUGGGGCCUGGGACUUGAACCAAACGCUGUGCUUCCUGCUCGUUUCUUCUUCAUCCAAUCCGUGGACAAGGCCGGGAAAAAUUUUACAACUUCACCUGGAGCCAAUACAUUUGACGUGCAGAUCACGUCACCAUCAGAACCUUUCUCCAGGAUCUGGGUGCAGGUUUUAGACCGUCAGGAUGGAUCAUUUCUGGUGCGUUACCGCAUGUAUGCCAGCUACACAGAUGUCAACAUUCAGAUCCUACUGAAUGAUAAACAUGUGGCCAAGUCUCCGUACGUUCUCAAAGGUCCAGUGUACCAUGAAUCAUGUAACUGUCCAGAGCCCAAUGGUGCACUGUGGGAGAAGCACAUGCACUGUCCUUCUUCAUUUACUCAGAUCCAGCAUGAUCUGUCAGUUUUUCUGAAAGUGGACCUAGAACGGAAUGCCCACGAAAUCCCGCAGCGCUUUGGCCAGAGACAGAGUCUGUGUCACUACACCAUCAAAAAUAACCAGGUGUACAUCAAAACACAUGGGGAGCAUGUUGGCUUCAGGAUCUUCAUGGAUGCUUUUCUCCUCUCUAUCACACGGAAAGUUAGGCUUCCAGAUGUUGAGUUCUUUGUGAACCUGGGUGACUGGCCCCUGGAGAAGAUACGGAGCUCUGAAAAACUCCAUCCCAUCUUUUCUUGGUGUGGGUCCAACGACACUCGAGAUAUUGUCAUGCCAACCUAUGACCUUACAGAGUCUAUACUGGAAACCAUGGGCAGAGUAAGUUUGGACAUGAUGUCGGUGCAGGCAAACACAGGUCCUGCAUGGGCUGAGAAGAAUAGUACAGCCUACUGGAGGGGCCGUGACAGCAGGAGAGAGCGAUUGGAGCUGGUGAAACUGGCACGAGCAAACCCUACCUUGCUGGACGCUGCUUUCACUAACUUCUUCUUCUUCAAGCACGAUGAGAGCCUUUAUGGACCACUCGUCAAACAUGUUUCUUUCUUUGACUUCUUUAAGUACAAGUAUCAGAUAAAUGUUGAUGGAACAGUGGCUGCGUAUCGAAUGCCCUACCUUCUGGCUGGAGACAGUGUGGUCUUGAAGCAGGACUCCAUAUACUAUGAACACUUCUACAGCCAGCUCCAGCCCUGGGUUCAUUACAUCCCUCUCAAAGCAGAUCUCAGUGACCUGUUGGAGAAGAUACAGUGGGCUAAAGAGCAUGAUGAAGAGGCUAGGAAUAUUGCACAGUCUGGUCAGCAGUUUGCACGUAACCAUCUGAUGGGUGACAGUAUAUUCUGUUACUACUUUAAACUCUUUCAGGAGUAUGCAAAAUUGCAAGUAACUGAACCUAAAAUACGUGAUGGUAUGGAGGUUGUGGAGCAGCCCAAAGAUGAUCUUUUUCCAUGCCACUGCCAUAGGACCAAGGUCAAAGAUGAACUUUAAAGGGUCCACUUACUGCCU